AUGGACCGCUUGCAGAGGUUGCGGCCCACUCCCGCCCCAUGCAGCUCUAAGUCGCCGCCCGAGCGGCCGCUGCAGGUGAAAGUGGUGGGGAUCUUCAAAAGCUCCAGCUUUCAGGUUGCGAAGUCUACUGCUGAGAGUCUGAAGAUGAAUUAUCCAUCCAAAUUUGAAGAUCCUAUAAUGGUUCCUCUUCAAGAAUUUGCAUGGUAUCAAUAUCUGCAGGAGAAAAAAAGGGAACUCAAGGAUGAAACAUGGGAAUAUUCUUCCAAUGUGAUGUGUUUUAUUAAUGAUAAAUUCCUCGGUGAUGCAUCUGAUCUGCAGAAAUGGGCCCACAAGGUGUGGGAUAUAGUUGAUAUUAAGCCCCCUGCACUUUAUGAGGCACUUACUGUGGAUUUUUCCACAAAAUUCUUGAGAGACACCAAGCAUGUUUUUGUAUUCUUGGACAUUAAGAUUAAUUUUUAUCCAAUUGGACGGUUGAUUUUUGAGCUAUAUUGUGAUGUAUGUCCCAAAACAUGUAAAAAUUUUCAGUUCCUGUGCACAGGAAGAGCAGGGUUUUCUCAAAGUGGCAUAAGGUUACAUUAUAAAGAUUCAAUUAUUCAUCGAGUGGUACAAAAUGGUUGGAUACAAGGAGGAGACAUAGUAGCUGGAAGAGGAGAUAAUGGAGAGUCUAUUUAUGGACCAACAUUUGAAGAUGAAAAUUUUUCAGUUCCUCAUAAUAGAAGAGGAGUUCUUGGAAUGGUCAACCAAGGCCAUCACACCAAUGGGUCACAAUUCUAUAUCACCCUACAAGCAGCUCCCUAUCUGGAUAAAAAAUAUGUGGCUUUUGGGCAAUUGAUUGAAGGAACAGAAGUUCUUCAACAACUAGAAUCUGUUCCAACAGAGAACGAAAGACCAAUAUAUAUAUGUAAUAUUUCUGACAGUGGAGAUGCUUUUGUCUGAUUUCCAUAUCAUUAUUUUCUAUGAUGAUUUAUGUCUUUGCAUCUAAACAGCUGUUUCUAGGCUUAAUUAAACAGUGCUUGAUAA